CGGGUACCGCAUACCCCUUCCCAAGCUCCCCACUCGCCUCUGCACCGCCUACUCGUCCAGUUACGCCCGCGCGACCACCUCCAUUGCGCAUAGACACGCUCAUAACGGAGCACGGUGUGCCAUAUCCGGAAUGGCGUCUCGCAAUCACGCGCAAAGCGCGACGCGCGGGUCUUGGUGCGGUCGGGCGCGCAAUGGAACUUGUGAUGUUCGGCGACGAAGAGAACUCAGAAGACGAGGAUGAAGACGACGACGAGCUCGAGAUCGAAUGGGCGCGCCGCUUAAGCGCCCUUGAGGCCUCCCCGCUGGAAUACCCACCACGCUCGCGCUCGCGUCCACGGCCCGGACGGCAUGUCAGCGACUCUGCCGUUACAUUCGGCGUUGACUCGAACUCAGCGACGCUGGGCGAAUUCGACGCGCCUCACCCAGUUCCUCCUCUCGCCGACGAUUCGGACGAAAGUGAGGCGGAAUGGGAGGGCUGGCUGGACAUCGCGAUCGCGCAGCGCCGUCGCGAGCAGUCCAUGCUAUCUCGCCGGAUCCACCGCAGCGACACACUUGAGACUGCUAUUCCCGGGGACCCUUACUGGAGCGCCGGCAACGAAUGGGACAUAGACCGUACAGGCUCCCCUUCUCCUGCCUUCACCACGCCUGAACACGAAAACCCAGAUCCGUGGGCGCACGUCCGGUCCCGCGAGCCCAGCGGCAGCGACGCGGAGAUGGACACAGGCACCGAGGGCGAUGGGUCCUCCGUACAUAGCGGCGACCCUGCUCCCAGCGCGCGGCCGAGCUCGUACUAUGGCUACCUCCACUGGCAGCCCGUCCCCAGCUCACGCGGACGGCGCGUGAAGCGCGGCACGGCUGCGAUGGACCAUGGCGGACGGACGCUAUCGAGCUACUCUUCCGUGGACUCGCUGCUGAAACGCACGAUGCGAAGCGCGAUUGGGGGUUCGACGAAGAGCCAAGCCCAGUCGAAGCGCGCGUCCGUCUCCAGUGCGGAGCUGCGUUUACACCGGGGUCAAGGCGCCGCGGAAGCACCUCCUCCGCGCUCUUCGUCCGCCUCUCCGCCGCUCUCGCGCCCGUCGAUGGGCAGCCUGCGCAGCGUUGGGAGCGCGCGAUCACACCCCCUGUCGCCGCUCUGCGCGCCAAUACAAGAUUCAGUGCCUGCCGCAGCGGCGCAUUCAGAGCAGGCGCACCGGCACUUUCAGCAGCAACAUCAUCCCAUUCCGCUGCCGGGCAUGCCGAUGGUCCCGAGCGGGUACACGACGUUCCGGCAUUCUGCGCUGUAUGGACGACGCUCGGCCGCACGAGGUUCAAGCUCUUCACCCACAACACGGACUUCUGGGGCGGGGGCGGGGGGCGAGAGGGACAGCGAGGAACGGCCGCACGCGGGGCUGGCGCACGGGCAGUCGAUGCAGCGGAUGCCGGUCCCGAUGUCGAUGAUGAUGACCACGGUGAGCAGCACCGUGAGCGUGGGGCCCGCGAAGCCUGGCGCGGCGUCGCGAUAG